AUGGAAUAUGAAGCCGUUAUUGUGGGACCUCGGUUAGCGCGAGGACUCGGGGUGACACACUUGCAAGUCUUUUGUGACUCCCAAUUGGUAGUCAGCCAAUUCAGUGGAGAAUUUGACGCCAAAAAGAAGCGAAUGGGAGCAUAUCGGCAGUUGGUUCGAGCAUUAUCCGGGGAAUUCAUAUCCUUUUCUCUAACGAAGGUCCCACGGAACGAAAACGCGUCAGCCAACGCCCUUGCAGCUUUGGCGAACUGCUCCGACCCUGAUUUGCGGUGCACCAUCCUGAUCGAAUGCAUCGACGCUCCUAGCAUCGAUCCAGACAGCCAGAUAGCUGUAAUCAAUGACGACUUGGUCCCAAUGGAAGUCGAGGAGUCGAUAGAAGACCUGACGGACGUCACAAGAACACCUGACGAUUGUCAAAUUGAGAUUAAACUUUACAUCUCCGAUGGAGUCGUCCCUCCGGAUCGCUGGGCAGCUCGGCGUUUAAAAGCCCGAAGUGCCAAGUACAUCCUCUUGGAUGGAGAAUUGUUUCGCCGAAGUGCGUACGGAGUGUUCCUCACCUCCGUUACUCAGGACGAAGCCGAACGAAUCAUGAUGGAAGUAUAUGAAGGCGAGGGUCGCAACCAUUCCGGCAGACGUGCACUCGCCCUCAAGAUCAAAAAGGAUGGACACUGUUGGCCUACCAUGAUUCCCGACUGUGAAGCCUUCUCGGCAAAAUGCGAAGCUUGUCAGCGCCAUGGACCAAUACGGCAGAUCCCGCCCAAACUGCUGAAUACCGUGACAGCUCUGUAUCCUUUCAUGCGCUGGGCUAUGGACGCCAUAGGGCCUCUGCCGGCAUCAAAAUACAAGAAGUUCGUCCUAGUGCUGACCGAUUACUUCACCAAAUGGGUAGAAGCGGAGUCCUUCACAAGGAUCCAAUCCCUGGAUGUGACCAAUUUCAUAUGGAAGAACAUCAUAUAUCGUCAUGGACUCCCGUACGAGAUCGUCAUUAAUAACGGCACGCAGUUUACCUCGCACAUCACCAGACGUUUUCUGAGCAAGUGGCAAAUCCAUCUUAGCACUUCGACCCCUCGAUACCCUCAGGGGAAUGGCCAAGCUGAGGCUAUGAAUAAGUCGAUCGUUGAUGGACUCAAGAAAUGA